AUGUCCCAGAUAGGAGUCAAGACACCUAAUAAAACUCCAUUUGGUGUUCUGGCGGAGUGGUCACGAUACUGCAUGACCAAGUUGAAGGCUGCGGAGUUGCCUUUUACUAAAAAAAAGUCUAACAUCUGGUUACUUGCGGUAAACCUUCGGGACAAAUCGUUACAAUACCUUAGCAAGGCAACGGCGAUAUGCGAAAUUCCCAAUGGGAAAGCCUACUUAACGCUUAGUGACGCCCUCGAGUGA